AUGUUGGGCCCGUGCAGUUGUGUUCUCGUGCUUUUGUCCGCGGGACUGGCUAAAAACACACACGGCGAGCUCGCGAAUGAUGCUUCACUGAAAAUUAAUUCUGACGUGGCCGAUAAAAGCGAUUCAAUAUUUUUUGUUGUACCAAAGGAACGUGGGUUUGACUCACAUUUGAGCAGUGAUAUAACGUAUGUAGUCAAGGACUCGGAUGACUACGAAUAUGAUUUCGAGGACAGAUAUAGAUCAGAUUCGAAUAAUGAGAAAGAAGAUUUCGUUAUUAAAGAUAUCAUAAAUGCGAAUAGACACGGUUUCAGUCAUGAAGUCGAUCAUCCGAAGAACGUACCUAAUUAUUUUACAGACGAUAACGUUAAACACAACACCGAAUCUGCAAAUGACGAUGCUGCAUAUAUACUUUAUCAACUUCUUAGGAAUUNGAAAGACAGCCUUCGUUCUGCUCUCAGAGCCCAAUGCGAGAAAGCAAAACGCUGCAUCCUACAAUGUCAAAAGAAUCAGAUAGAUUGCCCUGUUAUCUGCAAAGAAAGUUACGACGAAUUCAACAUUUGCGCAUCGUAG